AUGGAGCGCAUCUUCUGUGUUCCCUACAGCUUGUACCCGGGCUAUGGGAACAUGCUGCGUUUGGGCCAGUCUGGACCCUCUGAGCACAGACAACCUCACUGGAGGCAAACCAACGUUCCCCCCACUUUCCUGGCCAGGCCCAGGCUGCUGAUGCCCUCCAAUGCCUCCGACUACUGCGUGGACCCUUACAAGAGAGCCCAGCUCAUGGCCGUUUUCUCCCAUAUGAACCCCGGCCUGAGCCUGCGGCUGCGCAAGGCCAACACCAAGGAUGUGGGCGUGCAGGUGAGCCCCCGGGUGGGCAAGUCCGUGCAGUGCUCUCUGGGGCCUCGCACCCUGGACAGCCUCUCCUCCUGGGCCAGCGCAGGCCACAGGGCACCCGCGUCCGCCUGGGGCGUCUCUUCACCAGUGCCCGGCCACUGGUGCCAGGUGCUACUGCGGAAGGCGCCCUCGGGCCCUCCGGAGGCUGGCCAGCCGCUCCAGCCACUACCACCACCAAGGUCAGAAGAGGAUCCCCUCGAGGAACUACAGCCGCGUGAGGAGCUGGCGGAGGAAGACUCCUCGAGUUCUCGGGAGAGGAAGAGCAAGGCGGCCCUGGUAGGCUCCAGCCAGUCGGCUGGGAGGCCUAACUUCCAGUUUUUAGAACCCAAAUAUGGCUAUUUUCACUGUAAAGAUUGUAAGACCAGAUGGGAGAGUGCUUAUGUGUGGUGCAUUUCUGGAACUAAUAAGGUUUAUUUCAAACAACUCUGUUGCAAAUGCCAAAAGAGUUUUAACCCUUAUCGAGUGGAAGCAAUCCAGUGCCAGACCUGUUUAAAGUCUCGUUGUUCCUGCCCUCAAAAGAAAAGACACAUCAAUCUAAGGAGGCCCCAUCGGCAGGAACUGUGUGGCCGCUGCAAAGACAAGAGAUUCUCCUGUGGCAGCAUUUGCAGCUUUAAAUACAUCAUAGUAUUGCUACAUGUGGGAAGUUCUGCCAUCCUCUUUAUGAAAAGUCCUACAGGUAACAAGAGGGAGAACAGUCUGACCAAGCCUUUUGAAGGCUGA